CAGGAUGCUGCAGCAUGGUGCAGCAGCAGGCUGCAGCAGCAGGGUGCAGCAGGGUGCAGCAGCAGGAGGGUGCAGCAGCAGGAGGGUGCAGCAGGGCGCGGGGCUCCCUGCUCUCCUGCCCGGCCUCACCGACAGGCCGUCUCCCCCUCUCCACACCAAAUGACAAGUCUAUUAUUGGACCGGAGGCUGCGCGCCAAAAUAGACACGUCAGCUAUUUGGCAUCAUGAGGUACCGGAGAAGAAAGAAAAAAGAAGUCUAGUCAACCGCCCACCGCAGGAGACUGGGGGGGGGGAUGUUCCACCAUCCCGGAUUUACAGCCAUUACAAGGAUAUUUGAGGACAAAACGACAGAUUUAAAUUUUUUGGUGGGAUUUUCCUUUUGUCGCAUCGACAGUGGAGCAGACUUUCAUCCGGAGACCGUGACGGCCCACUGGACUUAAAUCCCACAUGAGCCAACGGCAGGUUCACCUGAGUGGCUGAAGAUUCAAGGUGAAAAAAAGGAACACACAAUGGAUCCAAACCUGUUUGGAGGAGUCCCCAGGUUUCUCACCCGCCCAAAGGCCUUCUUGGCGUGUGCAGGCAAAGAUGCCACGCUCAGCUGCACCAUCGUGGGCAACCCAACCCCGCUGAUCACCUGGGAGAAGGACAAGCUGAAGCUGACAUCCGGGGGCCGCUUCAAGACAGUGGAGGAUGGCGACGUGUACCGCCUGACCAUCUACGACUUAACACUGGAAGAUGGCGGACAGUACAUGUGCCGGGCCAAAAACGUUGUCGGGGAAGCUUAUGCCGCAGUGAGCAUCAAAGUGGCCCUGCCGACGGAGAUGGCUCAGAGGGCCCCCGCUUUCAUGGUGAAGCCCACGUCUGCGCGGGUAGGUCUGGGAGGCGAUGUUGUUUUCCACUGCCGGGUCGCCGCUUACCCCGAGGCCAACUUUGACUGGGAAAAGGACGGGCGCUACCUGGGGGAGACCAACCGCAUCAAGAUCGUCUCUGACAGCGACAGCAGCACCUUAAAGAUCCAAAGUGUGCGAAACCUGGACAGCGGCACCUACACCUGCAGGGCCCAGAACACGGUUGGCCGCGGACACGCUGCGGCGGCUCUGGUCGUGGACGCCCAGGAUUCCCACCACCUGGCUGCAGAAAAGAACACCUCCCUCCUCUCGCACCUGCAAAAGCGCAAAGAGGAAAUGAAGAAGGACAUCUCCAUCUACCGCGCCGAAGAAACCGGCUCCUCAAUCUCUUCUUCCUCGCCGGCCGGCAUCACGGAUGGUUUGAGGUCCCUGAGUCUGGAGCAUGAGCUGAGGGCAUCGGCGCUGGCAAGGCUGCCCAAAGGUGUGUUCACCCGCACCUGCACAGUGACUGAGGGCAAGCAUGCCAAACUCAGCUGCUUUGUGACGGGUCACCCCAAACCUCACAUCAUCUGGAGGAAGGAUGGACUGAACAUCAGCGAGGGCCGCAGGCACGUCAUCUACGAGGACCACGCUGAGAACUUCAUCCUCAAGGUCCUGUACUGCAAGCAGAGUGACAAUGGUCUCUACACCUGCAAUGCAACCAAUAUGGCAGGGCAGACCUACAGUGCUGUGUUGGUAACAGUCAAAGAGCCGAAGGUGCCGUUCAGGAGGAAGCUGCAGGACGUGGAGGUACAGGAGAAAACGUCGGCCACCCUGAUGUGUGAGGUGCCUCUCAGUGCCACCCAGGCCAACUGGUUCAUGGAGGAAACCAGGCUGGAGCAAAAUACCAAAUUUUACAUGGAGGAGAAGGGCACCGUGCGCCGUCUCACCAUACACAAUGUCACCACCAACGACGACGGUGUCUAUAUCUGUGAGAUGAAAGAAGGCAGCCGCACGGUGGCAGAGCUCACUGUUCUGGGCAAUAUUACCAAGAAGCUCCCCCGGCGGACUGUGGUUCCUGUCAGCGACACUGUUAUCUUCUGUGUCGAGCUGGAGCAUCCCUUCCCAGAUGCCCACUGGACCCGCAACGGGGAGAAGCUGAAGGAAGACUCCAGAAUCUUCAUUGCGUGCGUGCUAAGACAGUACACACUCACCAUCAGAGAUUGCCAGGCUGGCGACUCAGGAGAAGUGGCCUUCGUGGCCGGAGACUGCAAGACGUCCACUCGAUUCACUGUCACUGCUGCAAGGAAACAUCCUCCCGAUCCCCCAGUUGAUGCUGUGGUGCAGAACAAGACUGACUCCUCCAUCACCAUUCAGUGGUCUCCUCCUGACAGCGAUCGCCCGGUGCCCAUUAAGGGCUACACUGUGGAGCGAAGGAAGGUUGGCACUCAGACAUGGCAGAGGUGCAACGCCGGAGAAACCAUUGUUUCAACAGAGAUCACCGUCUGCAACUUCAAUGAGGAAGCCAGCUUCCAAUUCCGUAUCUCCGCUAUGAACGACUUUGGCCAGAGUCCCUACCUGGAUGUGCCUGGAAGCUUCUACCUUGAACCCACUGCAGAAAUCAGGAAAGGCCUGAUGAACAGCACUGCAAUCACCGACGAGGAGUUCUCUGUGUCCGUCGAGCUGUCUGCUGUUUGCUCUGGUUUCUGGUCCAUCAAUGGCCGCCUCCUGCGCAGUGGUGCUGACUACCUCAUCACCAGGUCCAAGAACACGCACACUCUGCUCAUCCGCGUCGUGACCAUGGAACUGAACGGAGCUGAAGUCAAGUUUGUGGGCGGAGGCUCACAAAGCAGUUGCAUCCUGUCUGUGAAGGCUCCUCGUGUUAGAUUCACCAACAAGUCAGAUCUGACCGAGGUGGUGACCUGCAGCGCCCAAGCCACUGCUCAGUUGACUGCCGAGGUGUCGGAUUACGAAACACAGGUGGUUUGGAUGAAGAAUGGGCGUGAGGUGAAAAUGGGCAAGAAGUAUGAAUAUGCCAUCAUCGACCGCAAGAGGAUCCUGAUGGUACACAAUGUCACGGAGGAAGAUGUUGGCAUCUACGAGUGCGUCUUAGCCGAGGACAAGAUGUCCCUGCAACUCUCCCUUAAAGAUGAACCUGCCAAGUUUCUGAACAAGGCCAGGGGUCCCAUGGGAAUGUCAUCGUCCCUUAAAGGAGAUCUUGAGCUAAGCUGUGAGGUAUCUCCUGCCAGCGCGGCCGUCGUGUGGAGAAGAGAUAAGGUGGAGAUCACUGAGGACCAAAGAACUGCCAUCAUCUCCAAAGGGACUCAAAGGAAGCUCGUCAUCAAGAAUGCCAAGAAAAGCGACGAAGGACAUUACUCCUGUGAGACGGCGGCAGACAAAGUCACAUUCCAGGUCAAGAUAAAAGAAACUCAAGCCCUAGCCGCCUUCUCCAACAAGGAGUCAGUCCAGAAGGAGGUGAAAGCCACUCUCUCCCAGAAAGCAAGGCUUAGUUGCAAUGUGUCUGAUAGCAAGACAGAGGUGAAGUGGUAUAAGGAUGGCAAGCUGCUGAUAUCCAGUAGGACCAUAUACUCAGAAGUAAAAGGCGAUGCUCGUCAGCUGGUGAUUGAGAAGGUGGAGAAGAGCGAUGCUGGAGAAUAUACCUGCGAAGCCGCAGGGGAUAAGCUGGUCUUCAAGAUAUCUGUGUCAGAGGCCCAGUCAGCCUUCACCAACAAGGAGUCAGUCCAGAAGGAGGUGAAAGCCACUCUCUCCCAGAAAGCAAGGCUUAGUUGCAAUGUGUCUGAUAGCAAGACAGAGGUGAAGUGGUAUAAGGAUGGCAAGCUGCUGAUAUCCAGUAGGACCAUAUACUCAGAAGUAAAAGGCGAUGCUCGUCAGCUGGUGAUUGAGAAGGUGGAGAAGAGCGAUGCUGGAGAAUAUACCUGCGAAGCCGCAGGGGAUAAGCUGGUCUUCAAGAUAUCUGUGUCAGAGGCCCAGUCAGCCUUCUUCAAAAAGGAGUCAGUCCAGAAGGAGGUGAAAGCCACUCUCUCACAGAAAGCUAUUUUAAGCUGUGAGGUAGCUGAUAGCAAGACAGAAGUGAAAUGGUACAAGGAUGGCAAGCUGCUGACCUCCAGCAAGACUAUGCACACGGAUUCUACAGGCAAGAGUCGCCAGCUGGUGAUCGACAGCGUGGAGAAGAAGGAUGCUGGAGAGUACAUCUGUGAGGCUGGGACUGAGAAGUUGGCAUUUAAGAUUCAGGUGGCAGAGCCCCAGUCGUCCUUCUUCAACAAGGAGUCAGUUCAGAAGGAGGUGAAAGCCACUCACUCCCAGAAAGCCACUCUGAGCUGUGAGGUUUCUGAUACCAAGACAGAGGUGAAAUGGUACAAGGAUGGAAAGCUGCUCACCUCCAGCAAGACAAUCCACGCUGAGUCGAAGGGCAAAAGUCGCCAGCUGGUGAUCGACAGCGCGGAGAAGAAGGAUGCUGGAGAGUACGUCUGUGAGGCUGGGACUGAGAAGUUGGCAUUUAAGAUUCAGGUGGCAGAGCCCCAGUCGUCCUUCUUCAACAAGGAGUCAGUUCAGAAGGAGGUGAAAGCCACUCACUCCCAGAAAGCCACUCUGAGCUGUGAGGUUUCUGAUACCAAGACAGAGGUGAAAUGGUACAAGGAUGGAAAGCUGCUCACCUCCAGCAAGAAAAUCCACGCUGAGUCGAAGGGCAAAAGUCGCCAGCUGGUGAUCGACAGCGCGGAGAAGAAGGAUGCUGGAGAGUACGUCUGCGAGGCUGGGACUGAGAAGUUGGUCUUUAAGAUUCAGGUGGCAGACACACAGAUCCCAUUUGCCUUCUCCAACAAGGAGUCAGUCCAGAAGGAGGUGAAAGCCACUCUCUCCCAGAAAGCCACUAUGAGCUGUGAUGUAACUGAUACCAAGACAGACGUGAAAUGGUACAAGGAUGGCAAGCUGCUCACCUCCAGCAAGACAGUCCAUUCAGAGUUGAAGGGAAAGAGUCGCCAGCUGUUGAUCGACAGCGUAGAGAAGAAGGAUGCUGGAGAGUACGUCUGUGAGGCUGGGACUGAGAAGUUGGUCUUCAAACUCCAGGUGGCAGAGAUUCAACUCAAAUCAGCCUUCUCCAACAAGGAGUCGGUCCAGAAGGAGGUGAAAGCCACUCUCUCCCAUAAAGCCAUUUUAAGCUGCGACGUAGCUGAAACCAAGACAGAGGUGAAAUGGUACAAGGAUGGCAAGCUGCUCACCUCCAGCAAGACCAUCCAUGCAGAGUCAAUGGGCAAGAGUCGCCAGCUGGUGAUCGACAGCGUGGAGAAGAAGGAUGCUGGAGAGUACAUCUGUGAGGCUGGGACUGAGAAGUUGGCCUUUAAGAUUCAGGUGGCAGAAGCCCCAGCCGGCUUCUCCAACAAGGAGUCAGUCCAGAAAGAGGUGAAAGCCACUGUCUCCCAGAAAGCCACUUUGAGCUGUGAGGUUUCUGAUUCCAAGGCAGAAGUGAAAUGGUACAAGGAUGGCAAGCUGCUGACCUCCAGCAGAGCAGUUCACAUGGAGUCAAAGGGCAAGAGUCGCGAGCUGGUGAUUGAAAAAAUGGAGAAAAAAGAUGCUGGGGAAUACACAUGUGAGGCUGGAACAGAGAAGCUGGCAUUCAAGCUGCAGAUGACAGAUGCAGCUGUCAAUUUCCAGAAGAAAUCCGUCAAAGACACCUGUGUUGUUCAAGCAAGUGAAAACAUUGUUUUGACCACUUUGCUGACCACGGAUAGUGGCAAUGUGAAGUGGUUUAGAGAUGGUGUGGAGGUCAAGGAGGGCAGCAAGUAUGAAAUGAAAAAAGAAGGACGGUCUCGUACCCUGACAGUAAAAUCCUCUGAAACCAAAGACAGCGGAACGUACUCCUGUCAAACUGCUAAUGACAAUCUGGAGUUCAAAGUUCAGGUUAAAGAUUCAGCUUUGAAGUUUGUUGUCCCCUUGAAGUCUGUUGAUGUGGAGUUGUGCGGAACCCUAAGCCUGAUGUGUGAACUAAAUCAAGCCUCAGCGGAUGUCGUCUGGCAGCAUGAUGGUCGUGAGAUUAAACCUGGGGGAAGGUACUGUGUCAGGACAGAUGGUGCUAAACGGCUCCUCACUGUGACUGGCAUGACUCAGGAAGAUGAAGGAGAAUACAGCUGUGAGUGUCGAAAUGACAAGACCUCGGCCAAAAUCUCCUCAAAAGCGCCCAGAGUAGUGAGGCUGGCCACCAAACUCAACAAUGUGGCUGCAACGGAGGGAAAAGAAGCCAUUUUCAAGUGCUCUGUCACCCCAGCGGACGUCAGCGUUAAGUGGUUCCACAACAGCAUUCCCAUCACUGCUGGGCCUAAGUAUAAGAUGGAGCACGGCGGCAACACUCACUCACUCACCAUCACCUCCGUCACCCAAAAAGAUGCCGGAGAGAUUAGCGUUGAUGCAGAAGGCAAAAGCUGCAAAGCUACUUUACAAGUGCAACACGAGCCUGUGACAUUUAAGAAGAAGCUAGAAAACCUGACAGUGGAGGAGCAGAGUGAAGUGAAGCUGGAGGUGGAGCUCAGUAAGGUAUCGGACGAAGUCAGGUGGAUGAAGAACAGCGUGGUGCUGCAGUCGGCAGGAAACAUGGAGAUUCGGGUAGAUGGAGCCAAGCAGGCUCUGGUCUUCAAGAGUGUGACUUGUGCUGACCGCGGCAUCUACUCCUGUGAAACUCUGGAUGACAAGACCCAGGCCAAACUCAAUGUGGAGAUGAAGAAGAUCCAGGUAACAAAGGGCCUGACAGAAACCAAGGCACAUGAGACAGAGACAGUAACACUUGAGGUAGAACUCAGCCAGGCGGAUGUUGAAGGCUCCUGGACCAGGGAUGGGGCCAAGUUAAAGCCAGGGGCCAACUGCCGUGUCACAGCUCUGGGAAAGAAGCACGCCCUUACGCUGUCCAAUCUCAAGAGAGAAGAUGCAGGAACUAUUUCCUUCCAAGCAGAAGGGGUCCAUACUUCAGGCAAACUGAUUGUCACAGAACCGCCUGCUAUGAUCUCCAAGCCCAUUAUGGAUAUGAGUGUUCCUGAGAAGGAGAAGGUUACAUUUGAAUGUGAGGUAUCCAGAACAAAUGCAGACGUUAAAUGGUUCAAGAAUGACGUGGAACUGAAACCCGGGAAAAACGUCGGCAUCCAUUCCUUGGGCCGAAAGCGCACUUUGGUCAUCAGCAGAUGCACCCCUGACGAUGCAGGCACUUACGUGUGUCGCAGCACUGAUGAUAACACCUCUGCCAAGCUCAGUGUUCAUGCCAGAGAAAUCAAAAUAAUCAAGAAACUGGAGGAUGUGGAGGUGAUGGAGAAGGAGAGUGCUGCAUUCGUCUGUGAGAUCUCACAUGAUGAAGUGGACUGUCAGUGGUACAAAGGAAGUACUAAACUCAAAGUCAGUGACAACAUCAAGAUGAGACAAGAGGGCAGAACCUAUGUACUGCUGUUUAAGUCUGUUUCCCCAGAAGAUAUGGGUGAUAUUAAAUUUACAGCUGAGAAGGCCUCGUCAAAGGCAAAACUUAAAGUGAAAGAGCUGCCCGUCACGUUUGUGAAGAGACUCAGGGAUAAGAUAGCUAUGUUUAAGCACCGUGGCCAUCUUGAAUGCCAAGUGUCACGGGCCAGUGCAAAGGUGACGUGGUACAAGAACAAGAAGGAAAUCCAACCCAGCAAGAAGCACGAGAUCAAGAGCGAGGACGUGUACCGAAAACUCACCAUCAAUGAUGUGGACGCCGCGGACGAAGACACGUAUACCUGCGACGCCACUGAUGACAAGACAUCCUGUAAACUGCUUGUAGAAGAGCAGUCCAUCAGCAUUGUGCGGGAGCUUAGUUCAGUAGAAGUGACCGAACCCUUUGCAGCUGUUUUUGAAGUUGAAAUCAGUAUGGAACUGGUGAAACCUCCCAUAUGGACUCUGAAUGGAGUUGCUGUGCAGGAGAGCGCUGAUGCUGAAAUGGAGAAAGAGGGCACCCUGCACCGUCUCACUUUCAAAAAGACCAAAGCAUCGAUGACAGGACCUGUGCAGUUUACCGCUGGGAAGAGCAAAUCUCUUGCCAACCUCACAGUGAAAGAGCGUCCGCUUGAGAUUGCAGAGCCCAUCAAAGAUGUGAAGGCGAAGGAGAAAAGCUCAGCCCUCUUCACCUGCAAGUUCUCCGCAUCGCCCAAAGAGGUUAAUUGGUUUAAAGGUCAGGUACCUCUGGCAGCCUCCGACAAGUACAACAUGAAGAAAGAUGCGACAAGGGCUCAACUUACGAUUCAAGGGCUAACCGAAGAAGACAGCGGAGAAUACCGCUGUCAGUCCGGACCUGCUGAGACCAAAGGCACGCUCACUGUUGAAGUGCGUGAAAUUAAAAUCACCAAGCACUUGGCUGACACAGAGGUUGAUGAAGACAGCGACGCAGUGUUCACAUGUGAGAUUAACUAUGCAGACGAAGAGGCGCAGUGGCUUCUGAAUGACAAGGUGCUCUUCACUAAUGAAGUCAACACCAUCACUCACGAGGGGAAGGUUCACAAGCUCAUGCUGAAGAACCUGGCACCUCAGGAUGGGGGGACUAUCACCUUUCAAGUGCGCCAGGUGAAAGAAUCUGUUACACUCAAGGUUAAAGAGAAGCGUGCCGUGUUCCUCAAGUCACUGGAUGAUGUCAUUGGAGAGGAGAAAGGCAUGAUAACUUUGGCGUGUGAGGCGUCCAAGCCGAGGGUUUCUCCCGCGUGGAGAAAAGAAGGUAAAGUCUUGAAGGCUGGACCGAAGUAUGAGCUCCUUCACACAGGCAAGUCUUUGGGACUGAUCAUCAAGGACGUCACCAAAGACGAUGCUGGGGAGUACAGUUGUGAUCUCGGAACUGAAGUUUCAAAGGCAAAGGUCACUGUCAGAGAGAUUGGCAUUGGAAUAACCAAGUGGCUGAAGUCAGCUGAGGUGAAUGAGGGAGAGACCUGCAGCUUUGAGUGCAUCCUGUCUCGCGAGAACACCGAUGAGUGUUCGUGGACUCUUCGUGGCAAACCCAUUUCAGACGGAGGCCGUUUCAAAGUCACCAGUAAAGGUCGCAAGUACAUGCUAACCAUUAAGGAUGUCACCCCUGCUGAUGCUGGAGAGGUCGUCUUCAACAUUAAAGACUUGAGCUCUAAAACAACAUUGACAGUUGAAGGCCGAGCAUCAUCUGUGUCCAGAGGACUGCAGAAUGUUAGUGCUGUCCAAGGGGAAGAUGCUGUAUUUACCUGUGAGGUGACACAUGCUAGAUCCACUGUAAAGUGGUCCAAGGAAAGCAAAGCCAUCAAAAAGAGCCAAAAGUAUGAACUCAGCCAAGAGGACAAGGUCAUGAAGCUCGUCAUCCACAACGUGUCUGCUCAAGACUCUGGAGAGUACAGCUGUGAAGUUGUUGGAGGUGCAACCACCAAAGCCCAGCUGGAAAUCAAGGAGCCAAUCCAUAAAUUCGUUAAAGCGCUGAAGGACAGCCAAGCAGAUGAGACGAGCUCUGUGACCCUGCAGUGUGAGACGGCUCAAACCCCAUCCACAUUCAUAUGGCUUAAAGGGCACACAGAGCUCAAGGCGGGAGGUCGAUAUGAGAUGUCCCAGAAAGAGGGGGUCUUAACUCUCACCAUCAAACACGUGGAGGAGGAAGACACUGAUAUCUACACCUGUGAUGUGGUCACUGCUAAGACCAUGGCAAAGGUGACAGUCAAAGCCCUGCCCGCCACUUUCAAAGACAAACUCAAGAACCAGGAUAAAAAAGAAGGGGAGACCGUUACACUUUGUUGCGAGUUAUCAAAACAUGCGACUGACGUUCAGUGGAAGAAAGGCUCUGAAAUUCUCAAGGCUGGAGAGAAGUACCAGAUGAAGCAGAAGGACACCUCUGUGGAACUACAAGUUAGGGAUUUGAAGGUUGAAGAUAGUGGCGAGUACUUUUGUGUGUGCGGGGACCAGAAGACAUCUGCAACUGUGAAAGUCAAUGCAUUGCCACCGACCUUCAAACAGAAGCUGGAGAGCCAGGAAGCAGAGGAGGGAGCCAGCGUUACUCUCCACUGUGAGCUCUCCAAGCCUGGAGUCCCAGUGGAGUGGAAGAAGGGAGGUCAGGUCCUGAUGUCUGCAGAAAAGUACCAGAUGAAGCAGAAAGCCUCUGUGAAUGAACUCCUGAUCAGCAAAGUGGUGCCAGAAGACAGUGGAGACUACAGCUGUGUGUGUGGAGACCAGAAGACCACAGCUAGUCUCAAGAUCAAGGUCCAACCAGUGACCUUCAAACAGAAGCUGGAGAGCCAGACGGCGGAGGAGGGAGGUGACAUUACUCUCCACUGUGAGCUCUCCAAGCCUGGAGUCCCAGUGGAGUGGAAGAAGGGAACUCAGGUCCUGAAGUCUGGAGAAAAGUACCAGAUGAAGCAGAAAGCCUCUGUGAAUGAACUCCUGAUCAACAAAGUGGUGCCAGAAGACAGUGGAGACUACAGCUGUGUGUGUGGAGACCAGAAGACCACAGCAAGCAUUAACAUUAAGGCCCAACCAGUGACCUUCAAACAGAAGCUGGAGAGCCAGGAGGCAGAGGAGGGAGGUGACAUUACUCUCCACUGUGAGCUCUCCAAGCCUGGAGUCCCAGUGGAGUGGAAGAAGGGAAGUCAGGUCCUGAGGUCUGGAGAAAAGUACCAGAUGAAGCAGAAAGCCUCUGUGAAUGAACUCCUGAUCAACAAAGUGGUGCCAGAAGACAGUGGAGACUACAGCUGUGUGUGUGGAGACCAGAAGACCACAGCAAGCAUUAACAUUAAGGCCCAACCAGUGACCUUCAAACAGAAGCUGGAGAGCCAAGAGGCAGAGGAGGGAGCCAGCGUUACACUCCACUGUGAGCUCUCCAAGCCUGGAGUCCCAGUGGAGUGGAAGAAGGGAACUCAGGUCCUGAAGUCUGGAGAAAAGUACCAGAUGAAGCAGAAAGCCUCUGUGAAUGAACUCCUAAUCAACAAAGUGGUGCCAGAAGACAGUGGAGACUACAGCUGUGUGUGUGGAGACCAGAAGACCACAGCAAGCAUUAACAUUAAGGCCCAACCAGUGACCUUCAAACAGAAGCUGGAGAGCCAGGAGGCAGAGGAGGGAGGUGACAUUACUCUCCACUGUGAGCUCUCCAAGCCUGGAGUCCCAGUGGAGUGGAAGAAGGGAACUCAGGUCCUGAAGUCUGGAGAAAAGUACCAGAUGAAGCAGAAAGCCUCUGUGAAUGAACUCCUGAUCAACAAAGUGGUGCCAGAAGACAGUGGAGACUACAGCUGUGUGUGUGGAGACCAGAAGACCACAGCAAGCAUUAACAUUAAGGCCCAACCAGUGACCUUCAAACAGAAGCUGGAGAGCCAGGAGGCAGAGGAGGGAGCCAGCGUUACUCUCCACUGUGAGCUCUCCAAGCCUGGAGUCCCAGUGGAGUGGAAGAAGGGAACUCAGGUCCUGAAGUCUGGAGAAAAGUACCAGAUGAAGCAGAAAGCCUCUGUGAAUGAACUCCUGAUCAACAAAGUGGUGCCAGAAGACAGUGGAGACUACAGCUGUGUGUGUGGAGACCAGAAGACCACAGCUAGUCUUAACAUUAAGGCCCAACCAGUGACCUUCAAACAGAAGCUGGAGAGCCAGGAGGCAGAGGAGGGAGGUGACAUUACUCUCCACUGUGAGCUCUCCAAGCCUGGAGUCCCAGUGGAGUGGAAGAAGGGAACUCAGGUCCUGAAGUCUGGAGAAAAGUACCAGAUGAAGCAGAAAGCCUCUGUGAAUGAACUCCUAAUCAACAAAGUGGUGCCAGAAGACAGUGGAGACUACAGCUGUGUGUGUGGAGACCAGAAGACCACAGCUAGUCUCAAGAUCAAGGCCCAGCCUGUCUUUUUCAAAACCCAGCUGCAGAACCUUGAAAGACAGGCAGGGGGGGUUGCGAGGCUUCGCUGUGAGACCACAAAACCUGGAGCCAGUGUGGUCUGGAGGUGUGGUGGUGACAGUGUGCUGGAAUCCAGCAGCAAGUAUCACCUGAAACAGGAAGGGGCCGUAGUCGAGCUUGUCAUCUAUAAACUGCGGGGAGCGGACUCGGGCGAAUACUCCUGUGAUACAGGCAGCCAGAGGACCUCAGCUGUCCUCACGGUGAAGGAGGUGGAGAUCACCAUACUGAAAUUCUUGGAGAGCUGCGUUGUUUGCGAGGGUGAAGACGUCCACUUUGAGUGUCGUGUUUCUCACGAGGAGGCACCUCUGGCCCAGUGGAAACUCCAGGACGUCCCACUGCAGAAUAAUGAAAUGAACCUGAUCAAGACUGAGGGCCAACUACACAGCCUCAUACUCAGAGGGGUCACCACGGCUGACUCGGGAACUGUCACUUUCACAGUGGGAAACCACACUUCCACUGCUUCUCUAACUGUCAGAGCAGCCGCUCCUGUGUUGUUCAAGAAGGAGCUGGAAAGCCAAGAGGCCACGGAAGGAGGCAAAGCCACCCUGUCCUGCGAGACGUCCAGCGCUGACUGCAAGGUAACCUGGCGGAAAGGCUCGUCUGUGCUCACCCAUGGGGAGAAGUACAGCAUUGAGCAGAGGGUGACCACUCACACCCUGGUUAUACACAAGCUGAUGGCGGAGGAUGGUGGAGAAUAUACCAGCGAUACAGGGGACAAGAAAAGCACUGCUACCCUGACUGUGAAAGAGCGCGUGCGCAUCAUCAGAGAACUCUGCGAUAUCACUGUCACCACUGGGCAGGAUGCCGUCUUUGAGGUUGAGCUGUCACACUCAUGCGUGACAAACGGGCAAUGGUGGCUCGCAGACAACCUUCUCCAGAAUAAUGAUCUGAAUCAAAUGAGCAGCCAGGGCAGAGUGCACCGCUUGGUCUUGAAGAUGGUAACCACGGACGAAUCAGGAGAUGUGGCCUUCGUAGUGGGAGAAGAGAGGAGCUUGGCCUGUCUGCUGGUGGAGGAGAAACCCAAAGUGCUAAUAAUUGAGAAGCCGCACAACACUGCGGCGUUAGAGGGUGAAACUGUCACUCUGGCCUGCACCAUCUCUGACCCCAAAGCCAGUGUCACCUGGAUCAGAAACAAUGUGGCCAUCCAAGCUGGUCUCAACUAUGACCUGAAGAAGAAUGGAGCUUUCCAUCAGCUUUGCAUCUGCAAUGUGGUGCCUGAGGACUCAGGAGCGUACACCUGUGACACUGGAGAUGCACAGUGUGAGGUCACCUUGACCGUGGAAGGUACCCCAGUGUCCUUCCACAAAGAGCUAAAGAACAAGGAUGCCAUAGAGGGUGACGAUGUUACCCUGCACUGUGAGCUGUCUAAGCCAGGUGUUCGUGUUGAGUGGAGGAAAGGAGGCAUGGUCCUCCAGCCCAGCAAAAAGUAUGAGAUGAGGAAGGAAGGGUGCAUUCAGGAGCUCUGUAUACGUAACCUGGACCCUGAAGACAGUGGCUACUACACCUGUGACGCAGGAGACCAGCUCACUACAGCUUCUUUGGCAGUGGAAGUGAAAGAAGUCUUCAUUGUUUCUGGUCUUAAGACCACAGACGUCUUUGUUGGGGAAUGGGCAACCUUCUCCUGCCAGCUGUCUGGUAGGGCACCCGGCAAGGUGCAUUGGUGGCUGGAUGGAACCUUGCUGGAGAACAGCCCCUUAAGUGAGAUAGAGCUGAGCCAGGGCCACAUUUACUCACUCACCUUAAAGAACCUGGCCACAGAUGACUCUGGCACUGUCACGUUCAAAGCUGGCAGUUUAACAUCAAGCGCCAAGGUCUUAGUCAAAGAUCCCACAGUUGAAGUGGUUAGCAAGAUGGAGGACCUUCGGGUGGUCGAAAACCAACCGGCUGAGUUCAUCUGCCAGUAUUCAAGGCCGGUCAAGGCUCAGUGGAAGAAAGACGGGCAGCCACUGCAGCCUGAUGGCCGAAGGGUGGUAGUGGAGCAGGACUGGAAUGUGGCGCGCUUGUACAUUAGCUGUGUGUCCACUGAGGACAAGGGCACAUACUCCUGUGAGGCAGAGGGCGUCUGUGUGGUCGCUUCACUUCAUGUGGAAGGCAAACCUAUUAACAUUGUUCAGGGUCUGGAGAACGCUGAAACCUUUGACGGAGGUGAAGCACUGUUUGAGUGUGCCCUGUCUCGUCCUGAGAGCAAAGAUUGCCGCUGGCUUCUUGAUGGAGAACCAGUGAAGGAAUCUCUGAAUGCUGAGAUCGUGUCAUUUGAGAGUGGUCGUCGUCACCUGCUCUUGCUGAAAGCGUUGCGUGUUCAAGACAGUUGUACCGUGACCUUCAAAGCUGGCACUGCAUCCACAUCUGCCCAACUCUCUGUCAAGGGAUGGCAGCUGGAUGUUGUGAAGGGUCUGGAAGACCGUGUCGCUGCCGUGGGAGAGAAGGUUGAGUUUUGUGUUGAGCUGACCGAGCCCAUCCCCAUGGCAGAAGUAGCCUGGUAUGCUAAUGGAGUUGAGCUCAAGCCCAGCGAUCUCUGGGCCAUGAGGGCAGAUGGCUGUGCUUAUCGCCUUGUCCUGAGACACGCACCACUUUUGCCCCAGCAGGAAAUUACAUUUGCUGCUAGAGAUGCUCUCUCUUUGGCUAAGCUCUCCAUCAUCACUGUACCUGACCCACCAGAGGACCCAGAGGUCCUCAGUAAGACCAAACAGUCCAUUACCCUAUCUUGGUUCACUCCACUGCACGAUGGAGGCAGUCCCAUUCUUGGCUACAGGGUGGAGAUGCGACUGGUGGACAGUGCCCUCUGGCUUCCCUGUCACACGGCACCUAUUUGCAAUACAGAGUUUGUGGUCGAAGAUCUGAUCCCAGGCAGUAGUUACAGGUUUAGAGUGGCAGCCAUCAACAGAGCUGGGACUGGAGAGCCUGUUGAGCUGCCUCAGACUGUGCAGCUUGUCACAGAGGCACCUAUACAGCCCCCGGUAAGCCCAGGUGUAGAGGCACAACAGGGAGAGACGGAGUCCUUGGGGCAGCCCAGUCUUCCUCCAGAAGCUGCUGAAGAAGGCGAUGUCCAUGAGCUGUGGGAGGCUUCAGCUAAGAAACGUCGCAUGAGUCGAGAGCCCACUUUGGAUUCCAUCUGUGAACAACCCGAAGAGGAUGGUAAAGGUGGUCAAAAGAAAUCGGAGCAAAAGGAGCUGCAGCCUGUAGAGAAAGAGGAAACAAAAUCUGGAGAGAAGGAGCAGGCCAUUGUGUCUAAGAGGCAGACAGAGUCCAACUUGUGCACCAGCUCUGGGGAUGAAUCUGUCUCUGGAGGUUCGACCCUUGUGUCCUACCUCAAGAAGAGCAGCAAAUCUACUGUCACAGUGGCCAGUGACGCAGAGACAGUGGCCACUGACAGGUUCUUUGCACAUUUCCAGAUGGCAGAGCAGAGAACAGUGCAGCAGACUGAAGUGAAAACAACCACAGUUCAACAGACGGAUGUAAAACAGGUGUCUGCAGAGGAGACGAACAUAAUGGACAUCAGUAAAGAGGAUGAGCCUGAGCUCAGAGAGGCUGCCAUCAAAAUUCAAGCUGCCUUCAAGGGCUUCAAGGCUCGCAAGGACAUGCGUCCUGUCUUCAAAGAGGUCUUCAAAGACCAGACCAAAGAGCCUAGUGGCACCAUACAUCUGGAAUGUGUGGCAGAAGGUAAACCUGAAAAGGUGCGUUGGCUGAAGGAUGGUGAACCACUCACGGACGGCAAGCACCACCAUAUUGAUAUCUAUAAUGAUGGUACUUGCUCACUGGUCAUCACUGCCAUCACCACAAAGGAUACCGGGGUUUACACCUGUGAAGUCACCAACAAGUUUGGAGUGACCUCUCACAGUGGUAAGGUGACGGUAGGAACAGUGAGAGAAUCAUCCGGGCGGCGGCCCCUGACAGUGGGCUACAGUGCCGACAGUGAGCCUGAGAGCUCCUCGGGUAGUGAGAUGGAUGAGUCCCUGAGGCAGGCCAGCAGACGCCUCCGCCGACUGUUGCGCACACGUCUCCCGCCAGAUGUUGAGGAAGAACCCUUCGUCAGUGCAGAUGAAGGAGACCUGAAUCCCCCCGAUCCUCACUCUUACCGCGAGGAUGACAAUUACAUCUACAUUCGCUUCGAUUCACGGACAGAGGCUGAAGUCGCAUCUAAGAGGUUCCAGGAGAUGUUCACGAUCCACGGGGUUCCUGUGGAGACAACCAUCCAGGAGGCAGGACCUCUUAGAGUGGAGUUGCGAAUCAAAAAGAUGGGCUACAUCCAAGAUGGCACACAGACCCCCACACAAGAUAGACAGCCUCCUGCAUUCAUGGCUGGAGCCCAGGCUGCCCCAGUAUUCUUGACAGAGCUACAAAGCCAAGACGUUCCAGAUGGUUAUCCGGUCAGCUUCGACUGCGUUGUGAUCGGAAAGCCCCCUCCAACCGUCCGCUGGUUCAAGGAUGGCAAAGUGCUGGAGGAGAAUGACCAUUACAUGAUCAAUGAAGACCUGGAGGGCUGCCACCAACUCAUCAUUACCACUGUGCUGCCCACUGACAUGGGGGUCUAUCGGUGCACAGCUGAAAACAGCAGUGGCAUCGCAGCCACUAAGGCUGAACUCAGGGUUGACAUGUCCUGCAGCUCAGAUUAUGACACUGCUGCUGAUGCCACGGAAACGUCUUCCUAUGUCAGUGCCAAAGGCUACAUGUCCAGGGAAACUGAGACCUUUGAAUCUGUGGCUGAAGAUGAUCAGCUGCCGCAAGUUGUGGAGGAGCUUCAUGAUGUUCAUGUUAGUCCAGGAUCUCCCAUUGCUAAGAUGCAACUCAAAGUAAAGGGCUUCCCCAAACCCAGAUUAUAUUGGUUCAAGGACGGCCACCCCCUGCGGCCCUCAAAAAGGAUUCUGAUGCUCACGGAGAGAGAUGUUCAUGGCGUGGAGAUUCUGGAGGUGAAGAAAGAAGAUAUGGGGGAGUACUCUGCUUACAUCACCAAUGCAGCUGGUUCUGCUUACUCCUCUGCACGACUCAUAGUUCUGGGUCCAGGGGAGAUUAUGCCACAACAUAAGAAAGACUCCAAGGAACCCCUGGUGCCACCACGCUUCCUAGAAAGGUUCAGCAACAGGAAGGUGAAACACGGAGCAAGCAUCACUCUGUCUGUCAAAGUAGAAGGGUCUCCCACUCCUAUGGUCUCCUGGCUAAAGGAGGAGUCCGUGGAGGACGUCCUGUGGAUCAAGCCGGACACCAAGGGAUAUAAAAUAGCAAGUUCUGGACGCCAGCACAGCCUCAUCUUGAUGGAUGUGGGCACAGAGUACACUGGUGCCUACACCUGUAUCGCCACGAACAGAGCAGGGCAGUCCAUCUGCACUGCCCAUCUCGAGGUGGAUGACGUACCACAACAAAAGAAAGAGACAAAAGCCUCAGAGGUUCUCGGGAUUACAGUUAGUCCUCCGAAAGAGGAGGCUAGCGGUGGAAAAGAGGGAAAAAUACCCUACCUAGGUGAAGUAGGUACAGAGGAAUUCCUGAUGAAACUCACCUCCCAGAUCACUGAAAUGGUUUCAGCCAAGAUCAGUCAGGACAGCUUACAGAAUCACGAAGUGCUCCAGUGGAUGAAAUCUUGGCCCAAAAAUACCACUUCAUUGCGCGUACCUGGCGUUGACAGCGAUGAUGAGACCAAAACCCCGUCUCCGUCUCCUCACCACGGCCGCUCGCGUCCUCCCUCCCUCAUUGCUGACUCCUCCUCGGAGUCCGACGAGGGGGAUGCCAGGGGGGAGAUGUUUGACAUCUAUGUGGCAACGGCUGACUACAACCCCACCAUAGCAAGCAAAGAGUCAAUCUCUCUGAAGGAGGGACAGUACGUUGAGGUUUUGGACUCAGCCCAUCCGCUCAAAUGGUUAGUCCGGACCAAGCCGAACAAAACGACACCGUCCCGCCAAGGCUGGGUCUCACCUGCCUACUUGGACAAGAAGCUCAAACUCUCAGCUGAUGCGGGUGACCUUCCGGAGACAAGUGUAGAGGAGGUGUCUGAGGGUGAAUACAAGAGGAAACUAUUCCAAUCAAUCCAGGACCUGAUAAAUGGUGAAUCAGAGUUUGUAAAGGAGAUAGACUUCUUUACCUCCCAUCACAUGAAGCAUGCAGACAGCACUGACGCACCGCCCGACGUCAACGGCCAAAAGGAAACCAUAUUCAGGAACAUCGAUGACAUCAAGUCCUUCCACAGCAAGGCACUUCUCCCGAAGUUGAACGACUGCGAGACGGAUGAUGACGUAGCCAUGUGCUUCCUGAAGAAUAAGGAGGGCUUUGAGAAGUACCUCCAGUAUCUGGUUGGUCAGGGUCAGGCAGAGUCCGCUGUCAGCGACAAGGUCGUCCACCGCUUCUUCAAGGAGUACACUGAGAAAGAGCAGGCUGCCGCCGACCCGGCAGAUCCCCCUGUACGCAGCGUCAACGCCUACCUGCAACAGCCACUGGAUAGGAUUCAGAAGUACAAGGCUUUCCUCAAGGAGCUCAUUCGAAACAAGGCGAGAAAUGGUCAGAACUGCUGCCUCCUGGAAGAAGCGUAUGCAAUGGUGUCUGCGCUCCCGCAGCGCUCCGAGAACACCCACCAAGUCUCCAUGAUCGAGAACUAUCCUGCCACGCUGGAAGUGCUUGGAGAACCAAUUAGACAGGGUCCCUUCCAAGUGUGGGAGGGAGCUCCUGGGAUAAGAACGUCCUCUAGAGGUCACCACCGUCAAGUCUUCCUCUUUAAGAACUACUGUAUAAUCUGCAAACCCAAGAGAGACAGCAACACAGACACACAAGCGUAUGUCUUUAAGAACAUGAUGAAGCUGAAUAACAUUGAUGUGAACGAGACGGUGGAGGGCGAUGACCGGGCCUUUGAAAUCUGGCACGAACGUGAGGACUCUGUGAGGAAAUACACCUUGCAGGCCCGAACUGUCAACAUCAAGAACUCGUGGCUGAGAGACUUCAGAGAACUGCAGCAGCGAUACAGCAUGCCUGCGUGGAGUCCCCCUGACUUCGAUGAAAUUCUGGCAAACUGCACAGCAGAGCUGGGACAGACCAUUAAAUUGGCCUGCAAAGCCACUGGAGUGCCCAAACCUUCGAUCACCUGGUACAAAGACGGCCGAGCGGUGGAGGCAGAUCCUCAUCACAUCAUCAUCGAGGACCCUGACGGUUCCUGCACGCUGAUCCUGGACAACAUGACGGCGGACGAUUCUGGCCAGUACAUGUGCUUCGCCACGAGCUCGGCAGGCAACGCCAGCACUCUCGGAAAGAUCACAGUUCAGGUACCUCCUCGUUUCGUGAAUAAAAUGAGGACUGCCAUCUUUGUCUCUGGUGGGGACGCACAGUUCACCUGUGUCAUACAGAGCGCCCCCAGCCCCAAGAUCAGGUGGUUCAAAGACGGCAGGUUGCUGACUGACCAGGAGAAGUAUCAGACCUACAGUGAGCUCCGCAGUGGGGUUCUGGUCCUGAUGAUAAAAAAACUGACAGAGAGAGACUUGGGACACUACGAGUGUGAGCUGUCUAACCGCCUCGGCAGCGCCAAGUGUGCUGCUGAUCUAGUCCCACCGUCUGCUGUGGCCCGGACUGGUGAACAGGCCAUCACCAUUGAAGUCACUGAACAGGAGACUAAGAUACCAAAGAAAACCAUCAUUAUCGAGGAGACUAUAACCACCGUGGUGAAGAACCCUCGCAUGAGGAGGCACAGAUCCCCUGGCUUUUCUCUCGCUGGAGCCCACCGCUCUGAAACCUCCACCCCGGAGCCCCCUGCAGCCCGGCUGAGGAGGAUGCCCGCUGCGAGGAAGACCGCUAUCCCUGCCCUCUACGUCACCGAGCCCGAGGGUGCUGAGCCCAGAGCCUCGGAGAGCAGGCCCAGGUGGGUUGAGGUGGAGGAGGUCAUCGAGUACAAGGUCAAUAAGUCCCCCAGGCUGCUCAGGAGGAGGGGCAUCUCCCCUGCAGGAUCUGACCGUGCAGCCACUCCCUCCAGGCCCAAAAGGUCUCAACCGGAAAACCCGAACGCUAACAAUUCUAACAACAAGCUGGUGGAGCAGGCUCAGGCCGAGCUGCAAGGAGAUGUCAGCGGCCAGCCCCUCUCCUGGGAGGAAGUGGCGGGUAAUGCCUCAUCCGGUUCUGCCUCCGGAGAGCCACACGAGCUCUCAACUGUCCUGGGUCCAGCCGGAGAGGACAGCGACGAGCUGGACGAUCAGCAAACUGUCAUCUUCGAGCCCGACGAUGACGACGACGACCAUGAGGAUCGCGAUCUGUCCAGAAAGCAGGAACCGAAGACCCUGAAACACGGAGAUCGUGUUCUGACCCUCGAGGACCUGGAGGAUUACGUGGCAGAAGAAGGAGAGACCUACGGCUCCGCCAACGCCGCCGCCGAAAAGCCUUGUGAGAUCUCUGUGCUGCAGAGGGAGAUCGGCGGGUCCACGGUGGGCCAGCCGGUGCUGCUCAACGUGGGGCGGCCCGUCGUGGCGCCGAGGCAGAGGAGCAGCUUCUUCAGUCGCUUCAAGGAGAAUCUCUCCGGCAACCUUUUCUCCUCCGCUGUCCCCCAAGCCAGCGGAACGCGGUCCGGAGCCGAGAGGCGCGUCCCCAUCCAAGUGAGCCACGCGAAGGUGGAGGUGAAGCCGUCGUACUGCUCGGAGGUGCAGAGGGUUGAGGGUGGGCAGCAGAGCUUCAAAACCAAAGUGUCAACACAGACCUACGGCUACACAUCAGUGGGAAACCCAGUCACUCUUCAAAUUAGAGAUCACCUUUAUCAGAACCAGUAAAAAACAACAACAACAUUUUCUAAUUUGGUACCACAAACCCUCGUAGUCUUAAAUGGGGACAUUUUUCUACUUACACAGUGAAAAAGAGCAGAGAAAAGAAGACGCAUAUUUACUGCAUUUGAAAGACCAUUCCAUUUUGAAGCUUCCCAUCAGAAAUCAGGGCUCAAGCCUCCGUGAGUCUUUUUUUGUCAAAUGGUUCGACUGGUCUCUUUCGACUAGUGGGAGAUUGUAGGCGUGUCACAGUGAGCAGGUUUCACCCCCGUGAAAUUCCAUCACGACUGCUGUAUGUCAUCAUGUACACGUGUUGUACAAUGCACCUGAUGGACAGAAACCAAGGAACUAAGGUUUGACAUUUUUACUGAUGGAACAGAUUCACCGUCUGUUGCCGGGACAAGGGUUAGGGUUUUUCACUCGACCCACUAACACCAUCUGAAACGUGCAUUAUCGUCUGUGAUAACUCUAUAGCCAUUUUUCAUGGUCAAAUACUGUAGAUGUUUAAAUGAUACACAUUUAUUUUUGGUUUUACUUUUGUACCUUACCAAGAAAGUUGCAGUGCCUUGGAUUCCUGGAUCAGCAAACAUUAGAGUUAAUGACUGUUAAUGAGGUCAUGACGACAUGUUUCUAUUUCAGCGUUGUGAGUUAAUUCUAAUAGUGCAACAAACACUGAUUGUGUAAAGAUGACAACAGACUUUUGGCGACUGUUUUGGUCAGUGGGCUGUUGUCUAAUGAUCAAAGAUGUACGAUAGUCAAACUAUAGUCAGCUCCGUAAAAUCAGACAGAGGUUCUCUGAUUUGUUUAUUUGUGAAUGAUUUCUUGUUGAGCAGCUGAUACCAAUAUGAGAUUUCGACAAGCGAGCCAUAUUGUAGGCGGACUAACAACCUGUUUCAGGACAGAUCUCUUAACUGGGUUUGCAUUUCUUUUCUGAUUAUUGUGACUUGAUUGUUAUACUCAAGCUUUUUUUUCGACAUCUGUUUAAUGCAGAUCAAUGACCUGUGGACUCACGGGGUUAUUCAUAUGUACGUGACAGAUAUUUAGAUGAGUGACUGCAUGUGUUUGCUUUUCCAUAGCAAAUGGGUUUUAUCUGAAGUAUCCUGACCCCGUCAUGUCAUAUUUGAUUGCAAGCGAAUGUUUGUGUAUCAAGAGUUCACAGUCACCUGACUGGCUCCUUAGUGACGUGUGGUGUUGUUUCAAGGUUUGUUAGUCAGCUCCAUGGGUGAAGGUUUGUAUUAAAAGGCACUAACCAAUUACAUGUGUAGUUUUUGGAAACACAAGAUGGUUUUAAAUCUUAAUUAAAAUAAAUGUACUGAAAACAAUAA